UUCUUCUUUUGUGGACCCAAUAAACCCUACCUCCUCCUAUUCAAAAAGUCUCUUCUCUCUCCCUUUUCUAUUCAUCUACAUAUCAAAGAGUGCCAAAUCAAAAACACUCAUGGAGUUAACAUGAUCAUAUCCCUCACUCAUCACAUAGAAAACUAGAACUCACACAAUUUCUUCAACCUUCACAAACACACACAAAAAGAGACAGAAGAGAGAGACAUAGAGAGAGAAAGAGAGAGACAGACAUAACAUAAACACAAGUGAGGAAGAAGUGAUGGGAAACUACAGGUUCAGAUUGUCUGAUAUGAUGCCUAAUGCUUGGUUCUACAAACUAAGAGACAUGGGAAAAACAAGAAACCAAACAACACCAACAUCUCAACAACAUAGGAAGAAAAAACAAUCUUCAACCUCAACAACCUCAAACACAACACACUCAUCAUCAUCAACAUCAUCAAAAUCAAAGCAACCCUACCAAAUCAAUCCAAGAAAAUCCUACUACUUCACAAGAGACCUCAACCAAACAAACAACAACAGAAUCUACAACACAAAUUCUUCACCAAAACAAAUACCAAAAAGAAGAACACCUGCAGAAUCAGAAUCACCUGACCCAGAGAUCAGAACAGACCGUGUUCUUCUUCCGACAAACGACAUCAUAAUCGAUGUCGACAACAAUUCUCUUGUAGCAACAAGAAAAGACGAUAAGCUAAAAGAGUAUGACUCAUUAUCAGAACUCAUGAAGCUUCCACCCAUUGUUACCAAACCAGAGAAUUUCAGCUACUUGCUCAGCUACACAAAGAAGAAAGAAACCAAACCCAGAAACAAAACUUCAUCGAAUCAAGAACACAACGUUAAAGGGUCACUAAAAGUGAAGAUUUUGAAGGAAGAACAGAGGAACACAAACACAAACACACCAAGUAGGAGAUUUUCUGUUAGUUCACCAGGCGUGAAGCUUAGGAUCAAUUCACCAAGAAUUUCAAGCAAGAGGGUUCAAACACAUGGCCGGAAAAGCGUGUCGUCGAACGGUAAAAGAAGUCUUUCGGAUAGUUUUGCAAUUGUGAAGUCAUCGAUGAAUCCGCAGAGGGAUUUCAGAGACUCAAUGGUGGAGAUGAUUGUUGAGAACAACAUUAGAACAUCGAAGGAUUUGGAAGAUCUCCUAGCUUGUUACCUUUCGUUGAAUUCAGAUGAGUAUCAUGAAGUUAUUAUCAAAGUGUUCAAGCAAAUUUGGUUUGAUUUGACUGAUAAUAAGUAGAAUGAGAUUGUUUAUGUUCAUGUUUCACACAUAAAAUUCAUGUUUAUAAUGUUAGUGUGUGUGAGUAAUAUCUUGUUGUCUAAUAGAGACUUUAAUGCUUAAAUGUUGUUUUCAAUUCUUUGUAAAAGGGAAAUUGAAUGAUGAAACUAAGAGCAUAAUUUAAAGUACAAUGUUUGUAAUGGAAUUGUAUUUUUUUUUUUUACAUAAAACAUAAGCUAAUUGAGUUUAUGUGG